AUUGAACCAUCGUACGACUCCAUAGUCAUUUGUUUGCUAUUCACUUAUUAUCCUCGGUACCUUGACCGUAGACGAACAACACCAGACCGCCUUCAAGUGUGAAUAUUCCUUGGAAAAGAAAGAAGAUUGUCCUCUGUUUCAGUGAGGAGAAUACUUUGACUUUUCCCUUCUGGCAUUUCUUGAGCAGAGAGCGGGAAAUAAUGGCAACGUUGGAACAACCGAACCCGCCCACGAAAGAGCAGUGGGAUCAACUAUGUCAAGAUGUCAAGAGUAACUUGAUGCAAGAGAUGGGAUCCGACACUUGGUAUUUGAUCAUUGCCACAGCUAUAACCGUCUCUCCACGACCACACCUCCUCGCCGACUUCUGGAAGUACCUCACCAGUCACGACUCCUCCUUCAGCACUCCCGACUCGAAAUCUCGCCUCUCCAAACGCCUCGGUGACUUGCUCUACAAACAACUCACACUAUCCGGUGCUCCGCAAGUCCUCAGCGCACUCAUCCCCCUGGCCAAAGUUCAAAUGCCCGAGGGUGAGACCUCUCAAAGAGGAGAAUUAGAGAUUGAUUCAUGGUCCGAUACUACCCUUCCAAAUCUACACGCACGAGGGGUCGAGACCAUCACCUCAAUCUACGGAACUCUGUGGCCCCGGAUCUUCAACACCUUCGGCCCUUACCGCAAGGACAUGGGUCUACACGAACUGACCGUCGUGUACGGUUUGUAUCUGUCCGACUUUACACACCUGUCACCUCUCGAGACCGAGACGAUCGCAUACACAAACAUCACGUGCCAGGGCCUCGCGGGUCCCAGUCUCUGGCACGUCCGAGGCCUGGGCAGGGUGUUGGGGGCGAGGGGUACCGACGAGACGAGCAUGAAGGUCGGACGGGCCAAGGACGUCAUUCGAGGCGUCAAGGUCGCCGUCGCCACCGUGGUCGAGUUUGUGGGAGACGAGUUCGUCAAGAGGAGUAGACUCGACGGGGGCGUGGACGGAACCCAAGGGUGGCCGAAUGUCGGGGACGUCUCUAGAGAGUUGGGAGGAUGGGGAGAUGAUGAAGAAGAGACCAAUAAGACCAAAUGAGCCUGACUGGUGAUGGAGCUAGAGUCCUUCUUUGAGGAGAUAGACAAGUUAUCUAGAUGCAAGACCUGAAGUAGGGCAAAGGCGAGGCAGGGCAAGGUAGCCCAGCCUUUGUUGUCGGUGAUGAAUGAUGAAG